AUGGCGUCGGCGGUACGGGCCGGGCGGCGGCUGCGGCAGGCGGUGGAGGGAGGCGAGCUGGCGGGGCUGGCCGCCGGCCUGCGGGCCGAGCUGGAGGCGGCACUGGCCUCCGAAGGCGCCCUGGUGCCCUUCAGCCUGCUGCGGAGGCUGCACGCCGCGCUGCGGGAGGCAGGGUCCCCGCUGUACCUACACGAGCUCCUGGAAGGCAGCGAGAUCGACCUGCCCGAGGUGCCGGUGCCGCCGCGGAACCCCGAGCUGGUGGCCCGGCUGGAGCGGAUAAAGGCCAAGCUGGCUAACGAGGAGUACCGGCGGAUGACCCGCAACAUCACCGGCCAGGAGAUGAAUGGGACAUUGGCUGAAUUCGGGAGGCAAGUUCGCUCUGUUAAAGCCGUUGUCAUCACCAUCUUCAACUUCAUUGUCACCGUGGUGGCCGCCUUCGCCUGCACGUACCUGGGCAGCCAGUACGUCUUCGCUGAGACCGCGGCGCACGUCCUGUCAGCGGUAAUUGUGGCCUCGGUGGUUGGCUUGGCUGAGCUGUAUGUAAUGGUGCGGACCCUUGAAGGGGACCUGGGGAAACUAUAAUCGCACGCGUCCCCGGGAACUGCGGCCCUCGUGCUGGAGGCUUUUGCCCUCCCCAGGAGUCAUUAAUUUGGGGCAGGUUUAUCUUCUACCAUCUGUUUGUACCUGCUCCUGCUACCGGGAAGACUGCUGCAUUCCUCAGGCCUCGUCCUUUGCUUCCCGCUCCUUAACGUUCCUGAAAUGAAUCAUGGAUUAAAAAUCCCGCAGCUGCAGAACAGAAGAGGGAACAGCUGUGGACUCUCACCACCCCAGCACAGAGAGGGGUGUUAGCUCCCGCCGUUCCCGUUCUCCUGUGAAGUUGCUGUCCUUUUAUUCUGGAAAUAAAUAACAUUGUGUGUUUGCAACCUUC